AUGAGUUCAACGCACAGAGAUAACACCUCCCUCAAGUAUGAUUUUCAUCAUGAAAACACCACACACACCUUUGAUAUCAAAUGGACUUCGCUGGGCGACCCCCAAUCCCCGCCAGUCAUUCUAAUUCACGGCACUCCCUGGUCAUCCCGUGUCUGGACUCCUUUUGCCCUCUCUUUAUCCCGCCAGUUCCACGUCUAUCUCUUCGAUAGGCCUGGGUUCGGCGACUCGUCACCAGAAAAACUACUACCCGGCACAGCAGACAGCCAGGAUCCCGUAAUCAAGUAUGACGGUGACCUUGCCCGGCAAGCUGAGGUCUUCGCCGCACUAUUCAAAUCAUGGGAGGCGCACUGGGGUGGUCGGAAACCUCAUGUGGUGGCACACGACAAUGCUGGCCUCGUGAGCCUGCGUGCACACUUGCUUCACCAAUGCGACUAUGUAAGCCUCUGCCUAAUUGAUGUUGUCGCUAUCGGGCCAUUCGGCCAACCACUAUUCAAAGCUAUUGGAGAGAAUCCUGCCCUGUUUGAACGGCUUCCCGCGACCGCCUUCGAAGGGAUCCUAGAAAGCUACAUCAGAGAUGCUGCCUACCACGACUUAUCCAAGGAGACCAUGCAGCUCUUGAAAGAGCCUUGGAUUAGGGAGAGUACUGGGAAGGCCGGAUUCUUCAGAGAAUUGUGCCAAGCCAACGUCAGGUCGACGGAGGCUGUGGAAGGACGGUAUGGGGAAGUUGGACCGAAGGUUCCGGUCAAAGUCAUCUGGGGAGCCGACGAUAGGUGGCUUCCGGUGGAAACCGCUCGGAGGCUAGGGGAUGCACUCAAAGCUCAGGAGGUUGUAAUAAUCCAACAGGCCGGCCAUCUGAUCAUGUAUGAUCAACCGGCCCAGGUUGGCGUCGAGCUUACAAGAUGGCUACUUAGUGUGGGUAGGUAG